AAACUCUGCCGUCCACACACUCUGCGUCACGCACGUUCCAAUUCGCGCGAGAGAGCGAGAGAAAAUCGGCCAGUCGCGAGAGCUCUUCUGAGGGAGGGGGAGAGAGGCAGAUGCACCCAUUCAUGGAGCUGCAGCCAUAUGGAAGAUGACAUCUACGCCUUCUUUCACUACAGUCCCCCAUGGAAGAUGUAUAGAAGGAGUACGUAUGUACAAAUCGAGCCCGUACACGCCCACGCCCAGCAACCACAUGAGUGCAUCCAUCCAUCCAGCCAGCCAUGCAGAGGGGGGUGUGUAUGAAGAAGGAGGGGAGACCAGGCCAGUCAGUUGGUGCCUUCACUGCACGUCGGGGCCUGCUCUGCACUCAUCCGUGUGUGGCACUCGUACAUGGCCUGCUGCAGGUCAGGCGUGGCCUGCUCAAUGGCCUGGAGAUAGCGGCUCUCGUACCCGCCAAAGUCGCUCUCGUACCCGGGGCUGGUGAGGUCGUACUUGAGCUUGUCGUCCUUGUGCAGAAGCUUGUUGGCCUCACGCAUAGCCCUCUCGCCCGCUGUUACCGUCUGCACGAGAGGGACACAUACACAUCGCACAAAGAUGGAAAUGCCGUUCAUGCCCGUGGCUCACUGCUCACCGAUGCUCUGCGCAGCUGGUAGAUGCAUUUGGCUGCGUCGGCCUGGAUGCUCCUCACCAUCAUCCUGGCGACGCACUCCUCAGUGCUUGCACAGUCUGACUCUGAGGGAAUCAGACUACCCAAAACCUGCCAAAACCUGGCUAUUGAUGAACGGCCGGCGGCCCUCGGAACGGCACACCCGCCCUGAUGACCGCUGCGUGGCCCUAUGUCGGCAAUCGACUCGCCGUGGUUGACGGACAGCUGCUGCUGGUGGUGGUCCUCAUGUGUAAGUGUAUGAUCAGGGAUGCUGUCUGCUGGGCUGUCUGCCGUCGUGCCGCUGGCGGCGAGUCCAUGUGAAUCGGCCUCCAUGGGCACAAGCGCUCAGGCGGCUAUCUACCUGCAUGACUCAACGCCAAAACAGAUGCACACACAUAUGACAAGAGAGGUCCUUGCGCUCAGAAAGGGACGACACUUACAGUAGUCUGUGCGGCCGUCAAGUGGAAGAUCUCGGACACAAUCCGUCAGAAGGCAACCACCACAGCUGCGCAAAGGCGUUCCUGCCGUAUCGCCAACGAAAAACUCGCGGAUUGCCG